CUUUCAUCUGGGUAUGCGCAUAGUCUAGAGUGAUCGUGUUGUGCCAUGCGUAGAUUGGCAUUAUCAGAAUGUCUGGAAAAGCUCUCAUUGUGCCGCAAGUAGACUGGGCAACCACGGGAACCGCGAUUGAGCGACGGCGACGUCAAAACCGAAUCAACCAGAGAGCACAACGAGAGCGUCUUCGCAUAUCCAAAGGCAAGCCCAGCAUAUCACCACCCUCAGAGGACCCCUGCAAGGACCGCGCCAACGAGGCAUUACUGGCAAGACUCGCAUCCGCCCACUGCUUCAAAGACAUCCAGAUCAUCGGCCCCAACGCAAACACAUCCAUCCAGCUGCUCUCCCUCCUAGAAAACGCCGCACGCACAGCCUACAACGCCCGCUCCCCCCGCACAGACAUCCUCCUCGGCCUCACGCAACUCAACGUCUACCGCGCUCUCGUCGUGAACAUCGAAGUCCUGGGCCUGACCGCAAGUGAAAUGCACGAUGACGCCCUGUCCCCCUUCUCAAUCCCGUACACCUACCACCCCCAACGCGACGGCCUGCCCGCGCCCCUGCAGCCCACGCACAUCCAGCGCUCCGUGCCGCACCACCCGUGGCUGGAUCUGCUGCCCGACGCCACGCUGCGGAACAACAUGAUCCUGCUAGACGCCGCGGGGUUGCUGGACGACGCCCAGUGCUGCUUGGACAUGUGCAGUCGGGGUGGUAUUGUUGUGUGGACGGACCCGUGGGAUCCGUCGGGGUGGGAGGUGACGCCUGAGUUUCUGAGGAAGUGGAGGGUGAUGCUGGCGGGUUGCUGGGAGCUAUUUCGGGCGACGAAUCGGUGGCGGGAGAAGAGGGGCGAGAAGGGGAUUGCUUGGGCGACAUGGGCUGGUGCGAGCAAUGAACUUGGUGGUUGAGUCUCUAGUGGAGAUGGAAAGACUGGAUUGCUCGGAGAGAUCUGAGUUUUUCUGCAUAUUCAAGGCCAGAGUGGCAGAAGACGGCUUGCGACACGGCUUGCGCGACAGAGACUGCAGUGAGUUUAGACUACAGACAGGGAAGACGAACGACUUUGGGCGCCAACACGCCAAAGCGCACUACCUGGACACGGAGAUGCGACUGUGUCAGCAUUCUUACAGAGCACGCGAAGUGAAACGAUGAGGGA